AUGUAUCUCUCCCUAUUGUCAGCUUUCCUCGCAUUGCCUCUCAUUCUCGCCUCACCCACCAUAAUCAAAGUUGGCGACGAGAAUGCAUCCCUAACAUUCUCGCCUUCCGUCGUGUCAGUCCCGGCUGGGGAAAUUAUUGAAUUCCACUUCUACCCCAUGACACACAGUGUAGCUCAGGGAACUUUCGAAGAGCCGUGCAAACCGCUUUCUAACAGCUCUUUCUGGUCCGGACCAUUCGCGACGAAAGAUCCGAAGGGCAAUGCGACCACAUUUAGUAUCACAGUCAAGGAUGAUAAGCCGAUCUACUAUUAUUGUGCUUUCCCAAGCCAUUGCGGCAAGGGAAUGGUUGGAAUUGUUAAUCCGCCGUAAGCUUGCGUUUUGGAUAUUCGUUUCGAUCUUGGGCCAUCCGCUAACGAUACCACAGAGCCGAAGCCUCGAAAGGCAUGGAAGUAUACACGUCGAAUUCAGUUGGCAAAAGUACGAUUCCGUCUACCAAAGUCCAAGGUGGGAUCGUAGGACCUGCUGCGGCUGUGAACUCGACUUCUGCAUCCACAUCAUCGGCGCCUUCUCCAACCAGCUCCAGUGGUGGCUCGCCGGCUCCUGCCUCGAGUUCAAGUCCAGCUGCAAGUGGAGCGGAGAGAGGGGUUGGAGCUGAAUUUUUGGGUGUAGGUGUGUUUGCUGUAUUUUUGGCAGGUUUGAUGGUUUAG